UUUGCUUUUUUUUUAAAUUAAAAUUGUAUAAUAAAACACAGUGAAGUCGCUCUUGUUUUGGUCAUCUGCUUCACUGUACAGCUUGCGGUUUCACCCAAACUUGUUUACAUGCAGCAGCUGCGGCGCACUGUCGUGACUUGGCCACCAGGGGGCGCCAAAGCUACAGCAGCAGCGCUGGAGUACCGAGGGGGGCGGGGCCAAUGGAACGCUGACAUCUUACGUCAUAGAUCUCCUCUCUUCAGCACCACCCCGCGUCCAUCUGUCAGUCUUGUGCAUUGAACAUUUAGUGACUUGUACUACAAACAAAAAACAACAUGUCACCUGCGACGGAGAACCCGAACAAGCUGCAGCAGGACGGAGUGGCUUAACGUGACGUUUACCUUGAAAUGGGUGCUGCCGACGCGUCUGGUUCACAUGUUUCAGGCUAAAGAAGGAGAGGAGGGCAGGAUGGGGGAGCGGGCUGUCGGCGGCUCCGUGGCUGCGAUCUCUCCUGUGCAGCAGAUGUUGGCUUCUGGCACUGGAGCCCUCUUCACAUCUAUUUUUGUCACACCGCUGGACGUUGUGAAGAUCAGGCUGCAGUCUCAGCAAACACCGUUCCACCAAGCUUUGGCAUGUGGAUCUGCUCCGUCGGGUGGUCUCAUCCGACCUUCCAAGUGGAAAUGUUUCCUGUAUUGUAAUGGACUGAUGGAUCACAUCUAUGUGUGUCAGCACGGAACCAGUUGCAACAGCUGGUACAAAACACCAACACAUUUCAGUGGGACGCUUGAUGCUUUUGUGAAAAUCAUUCGACAUGAAGGACUCAGGUCUUUGUGGAGCGGACUACCUCCAACGCUGGUCAUGGCUGUACCUGCCACUGUCAUCUACUUCACCUGCUACGACCAGCUGCGGGACUUUAUGACUUUCGGUCUGGGUUUCCAGGGCAGCCUCGUCCCUCUUGUUGCUGGUGGUUUGGCCAGAUUGGGGGCCGUGACGGUGAUCAGCCCUCUGGAGCUGGUCAGGACCAAGAUGCAGUCCCGCCGGCUGUCCUACAGCGAGAUGCGGGUGUGUAUCCGCUCUGCUGUGGCUCAGGACGGGCUGCUGUCACUGUGGAGGGGCUGGGGGCCCACCGUCUUCAGAGACGUCCCCUUCUCUGCGUUGUACUGGUUUAACUAUGAACUGGUGAAGGCCCAGCUAUGUCAACGGACCCAAACCACUCAGGCCAACUUCUCCAUCAGCUUCACAGCAGGAGCCGUCUCUGGAGCCAUUGCUGCUAUCCUGACGCUGCCUUUUGACGUGGUGAAGACGCGGAGCCAGACCCAGUUGGGAGAAAUAGAUACUCUGGGAGCUUCCUUAAAGAGACCCACGUCCAUAUGGAACAUAAUGAAGGAAAUAUCCACUGAGAAGGGCUACAGAGGCCUUUUUGCAGGUUUCAUGCCCAGGCUGAUUAAAGUGGCCCCAGCAUGUGCCGUCAUGAUAAGCACAUAUGAGUUUGGAAAGGCCUUCUUCCAAAAGAGGAACCUUGAUCGAGAGCGGGUGGGAUCCUGAAGGAUGUCUCUGUGUGGUGCUCGGUGAUUGUCCUUACUGUCCUGUACAUGAAUAUCAGGACAGUAAGGACAACGUCUCCUCAGACCGAAGCUUGAGGAACGGGUGGGCAUGGAUUUGGUGACGUGUGAACAUAAAAGAAGACGUCUCUCCCUCUCUGGAUCUGCUCUCUAGAAAUAUAAAUACAGUGACUGUGAUAAGACUUUAGACACACCUCACAUCCACAAACACUAUAAUGAGCUUCAACAACAGGCCUGGAGACUAAGAGAUACUCUCAUAAACCACAGACUUUAUGUGUGACCAUUAUUUGUGUAAACUUUAAACAGUUAUCUUACAAUAAGAGAAUGUUUUUUCAGGGCUUCAACGACGGGACAAAUUACAUGAAUCAAACCUGUGUGCACAUAUUCAAAUGAUAAUGAUAAAACUGUGAAGGACAGUUGUGUAAAUGCUUUAUGGGAAAAUUCAAACAGCUGAAACUGCACAUCAGUACUGUUGCAUGAGUGAAGAUGUUCUCAUUCCCACAUUUUGCAUUGCCCGAGUCCAACUGCAUGGUGUGCUCAGCUCCAUUCAGCUCAGGAUCAAGGUACUCUGGUUCACCCUGAUUAAGCUUUUACUGCAUUCCUGUAUCAGUACAGCAAGACAUUUUUGGACAUUUGAGUAAAUGGCUGACAAAUCUUUUUUGUGUACUGAAUAGAUUUGAUCGUUUGGAGCACUUUACAUUUGCAAGACAGGCGCUGUGAAAUUGAAAUCAGAAGGACAAGUACAUGUUUUAAUGUUUGUCGAGUGUAUGCCUCUACAGUACACGAAACACAAAGCAUGAUGGCAAAAUUAAAACAAGCCUUCUCUGAAGAUAUGUUUUCAUUGGGGCGUGAAUUUAGCAGUUUAUGCUAUGAUUAUAUUACAAGAAUUCAUGAACAUUUGAGCACAGUUUUCUGUGGAAACUGCCGCAGCCAGCUUCCCAAAGAUCACACCGAUUUUCACACACAUUUUGAAAAGACAUGAUGUGAUAAAGAAAACACAAGAGGCUUCCCAAACCCUCCUAUGGGGGCAUUUCGGUGAUGAAAUGCUUGGAAUCUAUUGCCUACAAUAGAAAUAACAUCAAAACUUUUUACAACACUGGAUCAUAAAACAUAAAAUUGCGGCCUUAACAUGAAAGGUGUAAAAGUGUCUUCUGUUUGUUUUUUAUGAAUGAAAUGGCAAUAAAUGUUAAG